CCGCGCAGUGAGUGUCGAGUGUCGCGACUGUUCGUGUCUGGCUAGCGCGUGUGGUGACCGGAGUGUGCGCGAAGUGUGAUCCGCUGCAGUGCGUCCCUCGCCGCGUCUUGGUGUGUUCGUGUUCUGCGUCUCACCCACCAGCAUUUCUCCUCUUUUUUUUUUAUUUCUUCUUCCUCCUUCUACUCACUUCUAUCGUGCUCGAUUGCCCAACUGGCAUAACUUCCACUGCGAGUGUCGCCUGGUCGGCUGCAAGCUGUUCGCCUACUUUUUGGAGGGAGCGGAGAAGAUUUGCCGCAGUGUGAGCGCGCCCGCACCAGUGACGAGCAGCGCCGAGGCGUCGUCGUGACGGCGACGCGGGCCUUUGUUCCCGGCAGGAAGCUGAGUGCGACAUGACGCUGCGGGGAAGCCUGCCACAGUGCUGACGAUGUUCCCCAGCGGAGCCAUGACUGCUGCCGCCGCGGCGGCAAGACACCCGGGGCCGCCUCAACCGGCGCAGCCCUUCAAGUUCACUGUCGCAGAGUCAUGCGACAGGAUAAAGGAAGAAUUCAACUUCCUGCAAGCCCAGUACCACAACCUUAAGCUGGAGUGCGAGAAGCUGGCGAGCGAGAAGAUCGAGAUCCAGCGCCACUACGUCAUGUACUACGAGAUGUCGUACGGGCUGAACGUCGAGAUGCACAAGCAGACGGAGAUUUCCAAGAGACUGAACGCCAUCAUCGCGCAAAUCCUGCCCUUCCUGUCACAAGAGCAUCAACAACAGGUGGCGACGGCGGUGGAGCGGGCUAAGCAGGUCACGAUGACGGAACUGAACGCCGUAGUAGGGCAACAGCGGCCAGACCUUCCCAGACUGCUGCAGCAGAUGCACGCGCAGCAGCUGCCGCACGCCGCCCACGCGCCGCCGCUGCCCAUGAUGCCGCACCCCGGGCCGCCCAACGCCGCCGCCGCCUCGCUGCUCGGCCUCUCCGGGGCGCUGGCCGCGCCGCCCGGACACCCGCUGGCCAUGCUGGGCGCCGCCAAGCCGGACCUGCACCGCGACGACAAGCCGGCGCCCGGAGCAGUCCGCGCGCCGUCUGCCGGCCUCAACGCAGCGGAGGAACGCCACAGAAACUCAAUCUCACCAGCAGAGCGGGAGAAAUACCGGCCACGUAGCUCACCUGAUCCUGAACACAAGAAAAUGAAAAAGGAGGAGAAAGACUGCCACGCAAGUGAUGGGGAGAAGAGUGAUCAGGACCUCGUAGUGGAUGAUGCGAGUGAGGAUCCUGUUUCACCACCAAAUGGCACUGCAUCCCCUCGAGAAAAUGGACUUGACAAGCUUGCACCAAAGAAGGAACACAUUGGACCACACAGCCCGAGGAGUGGAACGUCGUCAAACGCGAGCACUCCCUCGACGAAGAAACUGGACGGCGAGAAACCGACGACUCCGAUCUCGAAGUCCGUGACUCCGACUAGUGGCGGCAGUAGUGGGGGCGGUAGUGCCGCGGGGGCGGCCGGGGGUAGCGGGUUGAAACCGGUGGUGAAGCCGCCCUCGCUGUACCCGCACUACCUCGCCGGGGCCGGGCCCCACGAGCUGCAGUCGUACGGUGCCGCUCUGCACAACAACUUGCCGCCUGCACUCAACAGUUACCCGAGGCCACCUCUGGUCAGCUACGAGCCGCACCCGCAGAUGAGAGCACCCCUCGGGCCUGCCGGCCUCGGAGGCAUUCCGGGAGGAAAACCGGCUUACUCCUUCCACGUCAGCUCAGAUGGCCAAAUGCAGCCCGUGCCAUUCCCUCCAGACGCACUCAUCGGUCCAGGCAUUCCGCGACACGCUCGCCAGAUCAAUACGCUGGCACACGGAGAGGUCGUGUGUGCAGUCACUAUCAGCAACCCUACAAAGUAUGUUUACACUGGUGGUAAAGGUUGUGUGAAAGUGUGGGACAUCAGCCAGCCUGGCUCAAAGAGCCCUGUUUCGCAGCUGGACUGUUUGCAACGCGACAACUACAUUCGCUCUGUGAAGUUGCUGCCUGACGGCAGGACUCUGAUCGUCGGUGGAGAGGCGAGCAAUCUCAGCAUCUGGGACCUGGCCUCCCCUACACCGCGGAUAAAAGCCGAGCUGACUUCUAGUGCGCCAGCUUGCUACGCCCUCGCUAUCAGCCCGGAUUCGAAGGUGUGCUUCAGCUGCUGCUCAGAUGGCAACAUUGCUGUAUGGGACCUCCACAAUCAGACUCUGGUACGACAGUUCCAGGGUCAUACGGAUGGUGCCUCUUGUAUAGAUAUUUCAGCAGAUGGCACUAAAUUGUGGACUGGUGGACUCGACAAUACAGUGCGGUCGUGGGACUUACGUGAAGGCAGACAGUUACAACAACAUGAUUUUACAUCCCAAAUAUUCUCACUCGGUUACUGCCCUACAGGUGAAUGGCUUGCUGUUGGAAUGGAGAACUCCAAUGUUGAGGUGCUACAUGCAGCUAAACCAGACAAAUACCAACUUCAUCUUCACGAAUCAUGUGUGCUUUCUCUGAGGUUCGCUGCAUGUGGGAAAUGGUUUGUGUCCACUGGCAAGGACAAUCUCCUCAAUGCAUGGCGAACUCCAUAUGGAGCAUCUAUUUUCCAGUCAAAGGAGUCAUCAUCCGUGCUGAGCUGCGAUAUUUCAGCUGAUGACAAGUAUAUUGUGACCGGCUCAGGUGACAAGAAAGCAACUGUGUAUGAAGUUAUCUACUGACCAAUUUAUCCAUUCUUCUGAAAUACUGCAGAUGUGAUACUGUGAAUGUGUUUCCGGCAUGAAGAACUAAGUGUAAUUUUGACAAUACACGCCAAUAAGAAAGUGCAUGGAUCCUGAGCAUACUGCUGCACAGUUAAAUAUGACAUAUUGUGAGUAUAAAAAAGGAGGAAGUGUUUGGAAACUCUGAAAGAACUCAGGUGCAUUAUGUUGAGGAACAAACUGUUGUUAGUGGACAACAUGGAGUUAAAGAUAAAACAAUGGGCCUAUUGUAUAGAGAAAAUAUAUGGCACCAUUCAUUUUCUAAUUGUUGACUACACACAUGUAAUAAAUUUUAUUGAUGUCGUACACCUUUAAAAUAGUUUUAUCUGAAGUUCUUGUGCUCUUAAUGUAAAUGUGUAUGUAGUUUCUUAUAAAAUAGAUUUUUAGUUUUGCUCACAAAAAGACUGCUGCAUAAUAUUUAUGAUAUUGGCAUGUAUGUGUGGGAAAGAUUUUGAGCUUCAUACACUUGUCACUGGAUCUGAAGAAAUAUAUUUUCCAUAAAUUUAGGAUUAUCACAUGUUGGUAACUAAAGCUUAGAGUUGUAAACUCUGUUUCUUUUGAUGUCUUAUUACCAUUACUCAUUUUAUGGUAACUUUCUUUAAUACUUCAGGCGUCCCUAAGUUAUUUUAAUUGUUUUUGCUUAUCUUGUUUCUACAGAAUUAGUCAAGAUUUGUAAAAUGUGAGUCAAAUUGCUUAGUUUUUGAGGUAUUUUCUCAUUAUGUCAUAUUAUGAAAGCCUUUGUCGUUGUUGAAUAACCAAUAUUAAGUGGACCACAUAUGAUCACUGUUUGAAAUGAUUAUUGUGUUUGACAGUUGUGGAGAAUAUUGUCUGAAGCUCAAAGUUGUUCACUCAAAUAUCUUGAAUGAUACUACAAUGGUAAAACCUUUGUCCGUAGUUUUGUUUGGCUGUAUUGAAAGUUAUAUCAGCCUGGAGGAAUCAUCCUUUUUUGUUAUUUGGUAUCUUUGUAGGGUGCUGAACACCAUAAUGCAAAAGCUGAUGUUUUUUGACCUAAAAAUAAUUUAUUAUUCACAAACACUGUUUUAUUGUGAAUGCUUUUGUUACUUACAUCUUCGUACUUUGAUAAAUAUUGUUGCCCUACUCAACUGUACAAUGUGAGAAUAAUAGAUUUCUGUCAUUAUUGACUUUUUUAUUUUUUCAUUCAUAAUUAUAAAUAUGAUGAAAAUAAAAUAAAUUUGACAUUUUUGUUUGUAAGCAGUGUUCCAUGUGGUCUCUAAAUUAUAAUGCAUUGAUAUUUAUAUAGUUCUACCUAAGUGAGCAACUCACUCUAUAAUCACUUUGUUCAAAUUUCUUUAUUAUGUUUCUAUUGAUUUAAUCAAUUGAACUGUACAGCUUUAUUACCUUUCUAUGUAGUAAUUCAGUAACUAAAUCACAAAGUGGUUAUAGGUAUGAGAAAAGCUUAUGGGUGGUUCUCCUAGCUAGGUUUAUACUUGCAUAUUAUUGGGUACUGCUUGUAUUUAUCAGCAGGACCUGCCACCUAAAUUUAAUCUUCAUCCUAUGGUGAGACAUAAUAGUACAUUUUUCCAAUGUACCAAACAGUUUGUGAUGGGACUACAGAUGAUCAUUUUUCGUGCUUCAAUGAACAUUGUUAAAGUAAAGGUGUUGCUAGGUGUUAUCAUACAGCAAACAUGAAAAGCACAAAACUUUUAAUGUGAAGACAAAAACUGGCUUCUUCAUUAACUAAAUGUGCAUGCAUUUUGUGACUACCUUGUGCCAAUAAGUCACAGUUUCAAGCACUGCUGAUUACAUGUACCAAUUAUAUUGAGAAAAGUUAAUGCAUUGCUUAAAUAUUUGUUGGCAGAAUGAUUACAACUGUUGUUCGUCAGGUUGAGAAUGUAAUUUGCCACAUUGGCUGUAUUGUUUCAAAUUAUUUAAAGAACAGAACCUUAUAUUAAAAAUUCAAACAUGUUAUACAUUUUUCAAGUGUGACACCCAUUUGAAAAUGCAAACAUAAAACACACACACACACACACACACACACACACACACACACACACACAUACACACACAUACACCAGUUUUGAUCUAGACAACUACCAGUGUGGUAACCUGUAUCACCUAAAUGUUACAUUUGAUGGGGAUAGGUGGAAUUUUUAUUUUUAUGUCUUUUCUGUGGGACAGGCCUGUGGUGGUGUGUUUUCUAUCACUAAAUUACUCUCUUUAUUGCUAACAUCUUUGCUAUGUUUCUGUUCUGGUUUUUAAAAUUUGUAUCAUCUUCUUCACAUCCAUAAGGUGCAUUUUUCAAGUCUUUUCAGUAGAGUAGAGGACAUAUUUGCAGUUAAAAGAUGCAGCCAAACUUCUUUGAUGUCUUGCCAUUUUUUCUUCCUUGUUUGAGAAAAAGAAAGAAGUGGAGCAGCAGCUAUGUAUUCCUUGCAAUACAGUAAUUAGCAAAUCUUUUCUCACAGAGGCACUAGAUAUAAUGCUUUGUUCCAGUUUUAAUUUUGCAAGUCAAGCUUUAUGGAGCUGUAAAAGUCAUAUAUUGCAUUUUGUAGAAAGACAUUUUAAUAAUGCUGUUUGCUAGUUUGUUUACAGAAGUAGUAUUGUGACAUAUCAUUGAGUGCCUAACUUCAGUGAUGACAUGGAAUUUGUUUUAGAUCAAGAUUAUGGUAAUCUGAUCACUGUUUCAAGCAUUGGUAUCUGUUCUUGUUAAUUGAUGAAACUAAGUUUUACUGUUGCCUUUUGUGAGAAUGUUUUCUUGUGGAUGCUUUUUAUGGUCAGUUUGAAGUUAAAAUUUUUCAAAACUCUAAAACCAUAUUUCUGACCCCAUAUCUUCAUUGAAAGGAAAGUUAUAAAUCUCCAUUGAAAAUAAUGUUAUAAUUUUCUUCUAGAACGUACUCAGGAGUUGAUUGUGGUACAUAAGCUAACUACGGACUAGAAAUGAUAGCAGAGAGAAAGAAGUUUGCUAAUGUAUGUAACAUGCUCUCAUUUAAAAAAUGUGUGUGCUUUUUGGACACGGGAUACGUCAGGUUGACGUGGCAAGUCGAGGCGUGGACCAGUUUCAACCCACUUCAAAGCAUGACCGACACUAUCACUCAUCAGAUAUUUAAUGUUACUCAUUUAAUAUAUUUGUAUGAUUUUUUUCCAAUAAGCAGUGCUAUACUGUGAAUUAUGGCUUCAAAUAUACAGCAAAUACGUGCUGCUGUUGUACAGAUUGUUUACCUGAAGGGGGGAAAAUUUGAUAUUUUAUUUUUAUAGCCAGUGCACACUUGAAAAUUUUUCAGAUAUAUCUUAUUAAGGCAGCUAAUUAAUGCUACAAGCUAUUAGCAGAAGCUCAGAUCAUCUACCACUCUUGGGCACACCGUGGAAAAAAAAAAAGAAUCACA